AUGGACUUCACGACCCAGUCAUCUUACGGCCCCGCGGACACGUCGUCGUUCCCCGGUCUGAUGAAUGAUGAAGCCUAUGACAAGCGGGAGGCUGGACCUGAAGAUGUGGAUACCUGCCGAAUCUGUCAUGGAGAAGGAACCGAGGAGGAACCGCUAUUCUAUCCAUGCAAAUGCAGUGGCAGUAUAAAGUUUGUCCAUCAAACCUGCCUGGUGGAGUGGCUGUCACACUCGCAAAAGAAGCACUGUGAGCUCUGCAAGACACAUUUUCGAUUUACGAAACUUUACGAUCCAAACAUGCCAAAGAGCCUUCCAACGCCAUUGUUCAUCCAGCAAGCUUUCUUUCAGGUCGUUCGGACACUCAUAACUUGGUUGCGAUUCCUGCUUGUGGCUUUCGUCUGGCUGGGUUGGCUGCCAUGGUCAAUGCGAGCGAUAUGGAGGGCACUUUUCUGGCUCGCCGAUGGCCGUUGGUCGGCUGCUGGACCAUCUCAGCAGACGGGGUCGGGGUCCGCAUCAAGCAGCGUCAAGCAAUGGGCCGCAAACCACACAGGCAGUGGAGCCGCUUCUCUCACACCCAUGGGAUUAGCUCUUUCAAGCCCUUCGCCUGCCUUGUCUGCCUCGACUUCCGCUGUCGCAGCACUGUCAGCCCAGUCGCCUGCCAACGCUCACUCAACCGGCGAGCCGCUGAUGCUCACACUGAUUAAGAAAAUCAUACCAAGUCUUUUCGUACCUGCCUGGUCAUCCAGUCGUGAUGGAAGUGUCUCGGAAACAAACGGAGCUCUUGGCUCGUCAAAAGCCCGCUAUCCUUCCUGGCUCUCUGAUGUCAAAUUCCUCAAGGCAUUAACGCCGUAUCCAACUAUAAACAACAUGAUAAUCGACACACUUGAGGGCCAAUUGAUUACAUUACUUGUCGUUGUUGCUUUCAUUCUGCUUUUUUUGAUACGGGAAUGGGUUGUACAGCAGCAGCCCAUGGCAAACAUCGCGGAGGGAGAGCGAGAAGCUGCACUGCAGCUCAUCGCUAAUGAUCGCGUCAACGACGGCCCCGAACUCCCGCAAAUGGAGCAAGAGGUCCGGGAUGGCCGUGAGAUUGAUGGACCCGAAUUUCCUGUUCCAGAGGGAGCCAAUGACGCCUUACCCGGUGGCUCUCGCCAACCUUCUCCUGCGCCGUCUUGGACCGAUUCGGAUGACGGUCUACCAGCGUAUGAGAGAAGGGCAAGUAUGGAUGACGAACACUUCACCCAAAUCCCUUCACAGAAUGAUGACUUUAUGGGCAUUCGCCAGCCAGCGCAAGACUCAACUCAUGCAUCACCAGCAUCAGAUAUUUCACUGCUUCAAGACAUUCUUAUGCGCGCCAACGGCGAUCGUGAUGAGAUCUUACGAAUCAUUCGACGCGAAGGUCACGAGGAAGAGCUGGCCUGGAUUGUAGAAGCGAUCACUAGAUCACAAAACGAGCGGCCAUUUGGUGAACCUUUCCACGAGGAUGGAAUUGACACGGCUCCAAUUGAGAGUCCUUCACGAAAUGCAGAGACAUCUGCCACAUUGACUGAAGAUGCAAUCCAACAUCGAGAAGAGGUCAAUGCUCGCAUGACCGAUGACGAACGGCCGGAUGUUGCCGAACUGGAAGCUGGACCUCCGAAGGCUUUCAUCGAACGUGCAAUCGAUUGGUUUUGGGGAGAUGUCACUGCUGAAAAUUUCGAUAAUGAUACCAACGCCGUACCAGACGAAGAACAUAUUGUGCAGGACCCGGCUUUGGAAGACCCCUUCGUGCCUGUUCAGAACCGAUUGGACGCACGCCCUGCUGACGAGGUGGCUCCGGCUGGACUUGGACCUGACGGUCUGCUGGAAGGCAAUGAUGCGGAUGCCAUUGAGGGGGACGAUUUCGAUGGAAUCUUAGAUCUCAUUGGGAUGCAGGGUCCUAUCUUUGGUCUCCUGCAGAACGGGGUCUUCUGUGCCCUUCUCAUCGCAUUCACGAUAGCAAUUGGCAUCUGGCUCCCAUAUUUGUGGGGCAAGAUCGCCCUCGUCCUUCUGGCCAACCCUCUGCAACUGAUCAUUGGUGUGCCUAUGACUGCUGUAACCGUCAUAGCCGACAUUGUGCUCGAUACCCUCAUUGGUUCCCUUGGUUAUUCAAUGUAUUGGAUGAGCCUCGUUCUGAAGGUACUCGCCAGUCCGUUUGGGAAUCUCGGGCCUACAUUCGAAUGGAUGUCCAAAUCUCGGGCUAUCACCAGCACGUCUAUCUCUUUGAUCGACAAAAGCACGAAUCGCUUGAACAAGGUUGUCAGCACGUUUUUGAUAUUCCAAGAGUCCGACAUUCCCAUGUUCUCUGUGCUCUCCCAUCAAGCCCUCAAACUGCAUCAAGCACGUCUUGUCGCGCUUUACAGAUCGAUUUUUACUAUUUGCAAAUUCGCUCUGUACGACUUCCCUCUGCGCUUGAUGACAAUCGGGAUACCGGCUGCAUUCACAAUCGACUUGAAGCUAGCUCAUUUGACCAACGCCACAACAUUCGUGAAGGGCUAUGUUGGCAACAUGACAAUGUCCUCGAUGUUCACCAACCCAGGGUCCACCCUUCUGGGAGCCAGCGCCGGACAAAGAGCACCUGCUGCCAUCUAUCUUCGGGAGGACUUAGCUGUAUGGGACACCACAGAUCGUGCUAUUGCCAUUGCUAUGGGGUAUCUUCUCGCCACUAUGGCCGGCUUCUUGUAUCUGCGAGUCAGUGGGCUGCUCGCGGGAGCCAAUCGGGGCCAAAGAGUCGACGGGGUUGUUGCCGAAGUACUCCUGCAAGCCGGUGGAGUCAUGAAGGUGAUCCUGAUUAUUGGAAUUGAGAUGAUCGUGUUCCCCUUAUAUUGCGGUACCCUGCUGGAUGUUGCUCUCCUGCCUCUGUUUUCCGACGCAACGAUCUCUUCGCGCAUUGCCUUCACCGUGGCGUCUCCUCUGACGUCCUUGUUCGUGCAUUGGUUUAUUGGCACUUGUUACAUGUUCCACUUCGCUCUCUUCGUGUCAAUGUGCCGAAAGAUUUUGAGAAGCGGCGUCCUCUACUUUAUCCGUGACCCCGACGACCCUACCUUCCAUCCCAUUCGUGACGUGCUUGAGCGUAGCAUCACCACCCAACUUCGCAAGAUCGCAUUCAGUGCUCUGGUGUACGGCGCCUUGGUCAUUGUUUGUCUGGGCGGCGUUGUAUGGGGUCUAUUUUACGCACUUGAUGGCGUUCUGCCCAUCCACUGGUCGUCCAGCGCACCAAUGCUCGAGUUCCCUGUGGAUUUGCUGUUCUAUAAUUUCGUGCUACCGCUUGCACUUCAGUCCGUCAAACCCUCAGACAUUAUUCACGACCUCUUUGAUUGGUGGUUCCAUAAGUGUGCUCACUUGUUGCGGUUGAGCAACUUCUUCUUUCCGGAAAGACAUCCCGAAGAGGAAGGCCACCACGUCCGCCGCACUUGGUGGAGCUUCUUCUCCGCCCAGCAAGGUGACUGGAAGCACCCUGUCGUUGGGAAGGAAGACCAGGCGCAAGCCGAGUCAGAGAAUCGCGAUGUUUAUUUCCUGCGAGACGGCCGCUACGUUCGCGCCCCCGCGUCCGACCAAGUGCGUAUCCCUGAGGGCACGCGAGCCUUCCUUGACGUAAGCGAAGAUAACACUCGCAUCGACGGUCUGCCUGAUUUGAACGAUGGCCUUCAUGGUCGCGGAAAUCCCAGCUUUACGAAAGUCUACAUUCCACCUCACUUCCGAACUCGGAUCGCUGCUUUCAUCGUCUUUAUCUGGCUCUUCGCUGCCACCGCGGGCGUCGGCAUCACUAUUGUGCCGCUGAUCCUUGGGCGUGUGCUUGCUUCAGCCUGCUUCUCCAGUCCUGCUCCCGUCAACGAUAUCUAUGCGCUUUCGAUUGGCCUCUCAGUGGUCGGCGCUCUAGGAUACGCUGUGUACUAUUGCCAGGCAGCUUUCCGCUGCCUACGUGAAAAUCAGAAUACGUACCUUCAGUCCCCACGCGAGGCGGUCAGACUCCUGGGCAGUGCUGUACUCGUUUUCGCCAGGCUUUUGUAUCUUGCGAUUGCCUUGGUCGUGGUGCUGCCGUCUUUCUUUGCCCUUCUCACCGAAUUAUAUAUCCUUAUCCCGGCACACACUUUCCUCGCAGAUGGACAAGAACAUGUCAUUCACCUGGUUCAGGACUGGACACUGGGAGUCUUGUACGUGCAGAUGGCAAUCAAGCUUAUUCUUUGGCAUCCCCAAUCCUGGCCAGCCGUCGCUGUCAACGGUGUAUUCCGUCAAGGGUGGUUCAAUCCCAAUGUUUCACUUGCGACGCGUGCGUUGAUCCUGCCAAUGAUGCUUCUGACUUGCAUCGCGAUCAUUGCCCCACUAUUUUUCGGACUUGCCUUACGCUACACCCUGUUCUACUCGGUCGUUGGAGCACAACCCGACAUCUAUCGCUUCGCAUAUCCUGUCACCCUGUCGGUUGUUCUGGCCGUAUGGAGUGUGCACUUCGCUCUACGAAAGCUGGCGAUCUGGCGUAUCCACAUUCGCGAUGAUGUCUACCUGAUCGGCGAACGACUUCAUAAUUUUAGUGAAAAGCGGGCGCGGGACGUUGGCGUUUCGCGACGCGUGUUCUCCCGGUGA